AAGUGAAUCGCGGGCCGGUUUGCUCUAUAAAAGCCUGGAGACUGCAGGAGGAUCACAACACACUCACUCUGCCUUCAACCAGUGAUAAGGAGGUCCAGGACUCGCAUCAAGCAGCGCUCGCAGACAAAGGUUAACCAUGUCUGUCACAAACCAGGUGUGGCACACGGAGAUGAGCGCCUCAGUGGAAGCUCCGGCCGGGACGUCAGUGGAAUGCCCGGAGGAUUCCAUGGAAGGGCUGGAAUGCACCAUCUGCUUUUCCGCCUAUGACAACAUCUUCAAGACCCCCAAGCUGCUGGAAUGCCAGCACACGUUUUGCUUGGAGUGCCUCUCCAGGCUUAUGGCGACCAUGCCAACUGAAGAGUCCGCCGAUAUCGUCUGCCCUCUUUGCAGGCAGCACACGGUGGUGCCCGAUCACGGGACCCCCGCCCUCCAGACGAGUCAAGACCUGCUCGCCAAACUCCCCCCUCAGCUACAACUCGAGGAGCCGGUUUGGGCGGAGGGCAAGAAGCUGUGUCACAAGAGCUCUGAUGCGUUGGGCACCACUGACCUUUGCAUCUGUAUUGACAUUGGUGAAGGCAAGCAAGAGAACCCGUCUCCUGAAAGCAACAGUGAAGGAAGCAACUGCUUCUCCUUCCUUGGCGAAUGGAAGAGACUGGUCCUGUUCAUAGUGGUGUUGUUCAUGUUUGUUGGCAUUGUGUUGUGGCCAAUCCAGUGUAUGGUCAUCACCAAAAACCUCAGCUGCGCCCCUAUCGCCUCAGCCACAACAGUAGGCCCAACAACCACACCUGUUCCAUUCACCAGACCGUAUUGAGCCAGCAUCGGCAAGUCAGACGGGAGGAAGAAAUCUUGGCGCUGUCAACCAUUUGGAAGGUUUUCCCUUCUUCAGACUUGGAGUGUUUCCAAACACAGACCAAAGUUGUUCUGUAACAUGGGGAGUUUGUUUUAAAACUUCCUGCAGAGAGACACUAGUGACUUUAACAGCAUAUGAACAUUGAGAUUUGUAUGUGCAGAAAUCCAGUGAGACAAAAAUUGUACUGAAUCACAGGCAAUCCUUGUGGGCUGAUGAGACAACAGCUGGUCUGAUGUUAUUUCUGUUGCCACAAGUUGACUGGAAUCAGUUUGCUUCUGUCUACACUAACCUGUGUAUGUUUUUUGAGAACUUGAUCAAUCCAGAGAACUUUGAAAAUCUAUCAAUUACAGUUAAUGAAUAUUUUCUCUUUGACAGAGUUUUGCAAGCACUUUUCAGAAAUACCUGUACAUAGUUAUUUGAUAAAUAUGUAAAUCUUUAUAUUUACAGAAGAAAGCUCCUUUCAAUAGUGUGAGGGUUUAGAAAUCUUAUAGAAUUACAUAAUGUUUCCUCAGCACAAAAUGCUAUAAUGUGAAAAAUGAGUAACUGUUGGCAAUAUUUAAAACAAAUAUCAUGGUCUUCUGGAAGAUUGUGUGAAGGGGAGUGAGAGAAGGAAUAUAGAAACUGAAAAUAGGUGCAGGAGUAGGCCAUUCGGCCCUUCCAGCCGUUUCACAUUUCAAUAUCAUCAUGGCUGAU